GAGAAAUUAAAAAAAAUAAAAUAAAUUAAGUGGUGCCGGUUCUGGCCGGUUCUGUGACCAAACUGGUCGGUUCUGUUAUAGAUCGGCCCAUAACUAGUUGAUUCGUGGCAGGGCACCGGCUGGUUCCCAAUAUUUUAUGGAAUUGGGAUCGGGAUUGUCCAGUUCCUAUCUGGACCACCAAUUUUUCUAACACUGGGUUUGAUAUUAGUGAGGAGAUUGUGAGUUGGAAUUCCUCAGAAUUUGGCAUUUUUGGGUGAGAACAGUUGAAAGCAAUUGAUAUUAAUGGAGUGUCAUCUGAUCUCUUUGACCCUUAUAUGAUUUGUAGGGGUGGACUUUCAAUCUGCAAUAGAAUGAGGAUAUGUAUACCUAGAUCGCCAACUGAUUAUGCUGAAAGGCCUCCAUUGAACACCACCAAAUCAGCCUGCACCUAGUAAACCCUCGUCCUUAUGAAGAGGAAAAAGUGCUAGAAUGCCCAAGUCAAGUGCCGGGAUUUCAAUAUCAACUUGGUGACUUUCUGGUGAAGAUGGGAAAAGUUGUUAUUACUCAUUCUGAGAAUUUGAGGGGCAUUGUUAUGGAGGUUGAGUACCUACCAAUAUCGUCUUUGGAGAAAUCCCGUCAAAUAAUGGAAGAGUUUGUUGAUAUAUGGCAAGAACUUGUCUCGAGAAAGUCGCUUCCUGGCCAUUUUAUGCACAUCGAACCAAAUUUCAGUGAAUACGGCCUGUCAGAUCCCUAUAGCUUCCAACACACAGCAGUACAGUAUGUCACAGUGAUGAUACAACUGAUGGCUUCUGUAAGAAAUUGAAACUCUCUGUUUUGGAGAGAAGCUAUAUUCAUCAUUUAAAUCCUAAUUAACUUCCCAUAAUUUCCUGAUA